UCGGGUUCAGUUUCGGUUCUCUAGAUACCAAAAUUUUGAACCCGUUCGGAUAUUCAAUCAAUUUUGGUUUGGGUUCGGUACUAUUUUUCGGAUCGGAUUCGGUUCGAUUCUUUGGAAUCGGUUCUUUUUUUCAGCCCCUAUAUGGAAUGUUAACUGAUUGUAAGAACCUCAUGGGGCUAUAUCUGAUCUUUAGCGAAUAAUAUUUGUUUAACCCACAGUUUAGAGUUUUAGGCUCAUGGAAAUGUUUGAUUUUAAAAGGGGUUAUUAAGUAGGUAGCAUAUUGAUGUUACAAAAGGGUAGAUGGGAUAUUAGGAAACUCUAAUUUGCCAAAAAAAAAAAAUUGAAACUUGAUUUAGUAGUUUGAAAAAUAAUUUAAAAUGCAUUAACUAUUGACCUGCUUCCAAAAAUUAUAAAUAUUAUCUUUUGAGUUUUUAGAAAAUAUAAAUAAUACUAAAUUCACUAAACCAAGUUGAUUAUGUUCUUUAAUUUGUGUAUAUCUUUAAGAAUAAGCUUAUCAAAAAAAUAUAAUCAUUUUAGUAUAUUAUUUCUUAUAAUCUCUUAUUUAGGUAUAUUAAUAAAUUAUUAUGAUUUAUACAUGAAAUACUUUGGUUGUAGCCUUGUAGGGUGGAUACGGAUAUAUGAGUCUGAAAUAAGUUAUGGUGCAGUAGAAAAUGCAGAAAAGAAAGAGAAAAUUGAUUUUCAAUAUCUAACCAUUUGUCAACUUAUAUAAAUUUGUAUUCGAGUAUUAUUUUCUAGUAAUUGAUUUGAUGGAUAUAUUUCACAUUAAUUUGUUGCACGGGAAUAAUUCAAAUUAGACAAGUAACCUAACACAAAAAAAAAACCUGCAACAUUACAACCAUCUCAACUCCCGCUAAUAUAUAUUCACACCAACUCCAACAACAACAUCAUCCAUCAUCUUUUAUAUCAACUUAAUCCAUACACAUUUGUACAUAUAUAUCCACGAAACCCUUUUCAUAUAAUCACCAAAAUUAUCAAAUACCUGUUAAACCAAAUUUUCUCAAUAACUUUUAGAAUGGCUAAGAGCUAUACUCAUUCUGCUUCCAUGGUAGUAGCAGAGAAGAUCUCAUGGUACUGCGCGGUGUUUGCCGCCAUGAUGCUGCUAAUGAGCUGCUGCCACGUAGAAGAAGAGGCCGGUUCCACAAAUACCAACGUGCAGAAGCAGCAGCCAUCGAUGAUGAUCGCCGGAUAUUCUGAUCGGCGCCCAGCAUGCGAUGAGAUAUAUGAAGUGAAAGAAGGAGAGACGUUGCAGACGAUAAGUGAGAAGUGUGGAGAUCCAUAUAUAGUUGAAGGGAAUCCUCAUAUACAUGACCAUGAUGAUGUUUUCCCUGGUUUACUCAUCAGAAUCACUCCUUCUUUUUAAUAUCAGUGAUUAUAUAUUUAAUGUAUUAGUAUUAUAUGGAUCUUGUUUUUCUUUGAUGUACUUGUGAGUGUGAAUUGAGAAAUAUUAUAAUCACUCUCGAUCUGAAUAUUAUUGUAUUAGUACCAGUUUGGUUAUCGUAAGGACUACCUAAUUAAUUACAAAGUUGUCAUUUCGAUCA